AUGCCGAUGUCGAAAUUUGCCUCGAAGGUUCAGCUUCCUUCUCCUUUUGCAAUCAAGACAAAGUCUUCGGAAAAGGCCAAUCCUACGAAUGUUACCAUUCAUCAGGAUAGUCCCAUUGGGGAACUGAAUACGCUGCACGAUAUCUCUAAGGAUACCCCCUUCCUUGAGGCCGGUAGCCAUUGGUCUCUUUCAUCCGCUUCCAAUGCAAGCUCUGAAAGCCUUCUUCCUGAUCAAGUUUCUGUGCUUUCUUUCUUAGAUUGUCCUGUAGAUGACUGUUUGAGUUUAGCAAAUCCGCCCAGCUUACAGAAUCCUAGUGAAUCCUCAAGUGCACAUUCACGGACUUCAAGUAGUUGGAGUGAGAGGCUAUCCAAACUUUCCAAACAUUCUCCCAAAUCUUCCUUUUCAAGGCAUUCUCCGAAACCUUCCGUAACUUCUUCUUCGAAUGUUGCAGUUUCCUCAAAUAGUUUCAGUAAGCCUCAGUUUCGUAACCCCAGAACCGAAACGAUUACUAAAUCGAAGGGCUUCCGAAAACAAUUGUCUCGAGCUAAACGCUUGGUGAAGGGAAUGUGUGAAAGUGUAAAACAUAUAGGUUCCGAUGAUGAUUCAGAUUAUCUUGCAACCGUUUGCUUUGACAAUAAAGAACCCCCAAAGGCGCUAUCUACUGUCGAUCAUGACACCAAUGGUCACACAGAAGACUCUAGCGCUCGUAACUUUGGGCCCGUUGACAUUAAUAAUCUAGAUUCUCUGGUAGAUUUGGCUAUUGCUUUUAAAAAAGAAAAGAAAAUUGAAGAUGCCAUUGAAAUUUUCGAGUUCAUUAUGCCUCGCAUUUCUGCCUCCCAUAAUUUUGUUCCAUACGAAUUAGCCGAAUCAUAUAAAAUUCGAGGCAGUACAAAAGAUUUAAAGAGCAUAUUCCGUUUACAUGUGUUAGCUGCAUCCUUGGGUCAUGAGAAAAGUGCUUUUUUCGUUGGUGACGCUUACUUUUAUGGCACCUAUGGUGCCCACGAAAAUACCUUACGGGCUUUGCAGUAUUAUCAUUUGGCAACGGAUAAGAACAAUCCAGAUGCAAUGCUGGCAUUAUGCAAACUAUAUUUAAAGGGCUUACCGGGCCACAUUCAAGCGAAUAGCCGAAGGGCAUUUGAAUACGCUCACCGUGCAGCUAUGUUAGGGUAUGCGCCGGCCUGCUAUGUACUUGGAAAGUUUUAUGAAACCGGUAUUGGGUGUGAAAAAGAUUUAGCCAAGUCUGAAGCUGGAUUUCGUGCUGGCCUCGCGAAUUUAUCGUGUAUAACCGAUGCUGACGCUUUACAAAUAGCCAUGACACUUGUCUUGCUUCAGUAA